UCCGCUGUAUUUUCAUGCGGAGGUGGUAUCAGAUUCAGCAGGCGAGGCCACUGCUUCAGCACCAACAUGCCCCGCGGUCUACCAAGGCCGACUGCUGUGGGUUCUCAGCAGGAUGAAGUGCAAAACCGAGGCGGCGAAGGAAAAUUGAAGAUCAUCUACGGCGAGGUUUUCCUCAAGCACCGACCACCGCCGGGCCACCCCCACCCGGAGUGCCCCGCAAGAGUCUCCACCGCCAGGAUUGAGCUUGACCAGUUGGAGGGGAUCGAGUGGGCGACGCCCUCGUCCCUCCGAUCAGAGAAAGGCAGGGAGCGAGCUUUAGCCGCGAUCGAGAGAGUGCACAACCCGGAGUAUCUGGAAGAGGUGCGGCGCGUGUGCGCCAAGGGGGGAGGGGCUGCGGACUUCGACACCUACAUUUGCCCCGAUACCUUCGAGGUGUGUAUAGCGGCGGCGUCGGCGUGGAUGGACGCGGCCGAAUCGGCAGCGGGGGGGUCGCCGGCCUUCGCUCUUGCGCGGCCUCCGGGGCACCACGCCACCGCCGGGGUUGGCAUGGGGUCGGGGGGAGCGGAGGACAUAGGUCCGCUAGGAAAUCUGAAGCAUCUACCGUUCUUUGGGGUGGACGAGACAUGGGAGACGUAUGAGCCACGGUUUGAGGAAGCAGUGAAGUGGCUGGAAGAGUUUGAGCCGGACAUGGUUUUAGUCAGCGCGGGGUAUGACGCUCUCGAAGCGGACGAGCUGGCCACUGCAAGUCUGCAGCCGAAGGACUACGAACGGAUGGGGAUUCGUCUCAAAGAGGUGUUCGGUCGCAAGGUGGCGUUCGGAUUAGAGGGCGGCUACAACUUACAGGUGACACCGGUGGCAAUACGCGCUACUAUCGAGCCGUUCCUCUGCGCCGGAGCAUGA